AUGGGAAAUUGUAAAAGUUAAUGUUAUUAAAAGAGUCUUAGUUAAACAAAUAAUGUUGAUUGCACAAAGUUAAUAAUUAUAAUAAAAACUUGGCAUAAGGAUGCCUUUUCAUUGUUCGAUUAUGAAAAUGCUAUUAAUGUACAGGAAUAAAGGUUUAUAGUAAUAAUUAAUAAAUUAUACUUUUAGAUAAAUAACAAUGGAUAUUUAGUUGGUCGAAAUUAAAUAGAAUGGAUAGAGAACAAAUCAACUAUUAAAGAAUAGCUUUGUAAAAUAAAGAAAAAAAAUGAUAAUUAUUUUAUAGUUAAUCCAAAUUUAAAAAAAGAUUAUAAAAAGUAAACAAUCUAAGAAAAUGAAGAAUCACAUAAUAUAAUAAACAGGUAAUAUUAAUAUAUAUUAUAAGAACUAUUUCAGAAAAAAUAUGGAAUAAGAUUUGGAAAGUGAUACAUGAAAAUGGAAUACUUUUAUAAGAAGGAGAUGUUAUUAAAUUAGGGAGAGUGAAAUUUACUAUACGUUAAAUAGCAUUAGAGAUUAAAGCAUAAGAGUAGAGAUUUGAAUAUGAAUCAUCAUAAUCAAUUGAAUCAGAUUAAAUAAUGUGUAGAAUUUGUUGUUCCUCACAAAAGAGUUCAAAUAAUCCACUUUUGAACCCCUGCAAAUGUAGUGGAUCAAUUAAGUAUAUACAUUUGGAAUGUUUAAAAACUUGGUUAAGAAUGAAAUUAGAAAAUCGAUAAAGUGAGAAUUGCAUAGUUUAUUUAUGGAAAAACUUGGAAUGUGAAUUAUGCAAAUAUAAUUAUCCUUCAAAAUUUAAGAGUGAUGAUUCUUAUUAUGAUUUAGUAGAAUUAAGUAAACCAAAUGAUUACCCUUAUUUAAUGAUGGAAUUUACAAAUAAAAAAGUAAUUACAUUUUAAUAUAACUUAUAGGGAUAGUAAUUAGAUUAUAAUAAUAACUCUGGAGUUUAUAUUUUAAAAUUUUAGAAUGUAUCAGAAUUAAGAAUUGGAAGAUCAAAUGAUACUGAUAUAAGAUUAAAUGAUAUAUCUGUAAGUCGAAAUCAUGCUAAAUUGUUGGUUCAUGAUAAAAAAGUGUAUCUUUUUGACAAUCACUCUAAAUUUGGAACCCUACAUUUAAUAAGAACAGAUAGAUUAUAAAUUUAGAGAGGAAUGGAAGUUUAGAUGGGAAGAAGUCUCAUAUCAUUUUAAUGA